CUUUUAAGCACCCACACCGAUGCAGGCCCUGGAUGGGUCAGACCACCCCAAGAUGGUGGACAUGCUGCCACCUCAUGUGCAGGAAACUAACACGACCACACAGAGCACAUCUGAGCAGGUACAACAACAACUGACUGAAACCUUCUUUGUCAAGCUCUCAGCUCACCUUAGGACGACAACGUCUCCGUCGGAGGGGAGAGAGCGGAGAGGGGAGAGACGGGAGAAGAGCGGGCCCCCCAGGGGCGUUCCUUCCACACCAGCGGUACACUCACCCUCAUGUGGCCUACCCGUGCCAAAGACCAACUGGGAUGAGAUCUCAGCGCAUCGAACACAGACGCGGAGGAUCCAUCACCGCAGGCGGCAGAAAGCCAUCAGGAUCCGCUGUCGUCCCCCUACAGGAAAGAACUCGGUCUCCAGUGUGAGCUCCCCAGUUCAUGGACUUUGGAUGCAGGCCUUGGCCUAG